GUGAAAUCGACAGGCUACAGCGCCUCUGUCAUCCGGUAAAACUAGGAACCAAACUAACAUCGGGAUGCGAAUAUCACGAGCUGCUCGCGUCCGAGUCAAGACGUAAGCCUUGUUCCGUGCCAUCCAUUCAAGUAUCCUCCAGUUGUAUCAUACUCCUCACAACUUCACAUGGGCAAACAAUUUCCUGCAUCUGAGCUCAAGCGAGACGAGUCCCUCAAAGUUGUAGACAACCGCACUGGGAAGGAGUACACCGUCCCGAUCUCCCACAACUCAAUUCCUGCAAACUUCUUCAAGGGUAUUCGUGCUGCUCCGGGUCCAAAUGACAGACCUGAAGACGAGACAGAACGCGGUUUACGUGUCGCUGAUAGAGGUUUUCUCAACACAGCCGUGAUCGAGAGUCGUAUAACAUAUAUUGACGGUGACAAUGGCAUAUUGCGCUACAGAGGCUACCCAAUUGAGCAACUCGCCGAACGCUCCAAUUUCCUUGAGGUUUCUUAUCUCCUCAUAUAUGGCGCGUUGCCCAGCUCGUCCCAAUUAUCCCACUUCACUAGCGAGGUCCUCCUCCACGGGCCAAUACAUUCUGACGCAGAAGGGUUCUUCCGCUCGUUUAGGUACGAUGCUCACCCCAUGUCGAUGCUUACAAGUGCCUUUGCAUACUUGGGAAGCUACUAUGGGGAAGCAAAUCCGAGUUUGCAGGGGCAAGAUUUGUUCACAAAAGCUGCCAAGGGUGAUCCUGCUGCACUUCAGAACAUGGACAGGCAAAUAUUCAGGCUGAUCGGUAAAGCUACCACAUUAGCUGCCAUGGCAUACCGUAUCCGCCAGGGCCGCGACUUCGUCGUGCCUCCAAUAGGAAUGAGCUAUACAGAGUCGUUCCUCUACCAACUCGACCAUCUCUCACCCACAGACCACCUAUCAGAGCUUCACUCAAACAAGCCGCAUCCUGUUCUUGCAAAGGCACUUGACAUCCUUUUUAUCCUCCAUGCCGACCACGAGAUGAACGCGAGUUCGACGACCGUACUUCAGACUGGGUCAUCGUUACCUGACCCGUUCAGCGCUGUUUCGGCAGGUUGUGCGUCACUGUACGGUCCACUCCAUGGAGGUGCGAACGAAGCUGUUAUUCGAAUGCUUCUUUCCAUUGGCAGUCCCGAGAACGUCCCUGCCUUUUUAGAAGCAGUAAAGAAGCGUCAGAAGGUGCUAAGUGGAUUCGGACACAGAGUAUACAAGACUUCUGAUCCGCGCUCAUUUAUCAUUCGCAAGGUUGCUGAUGAGGUAUUUGCUGUGACGGGCCGUGAUCCAUUGCUUGAUACCGCAAUGGCCCUGCAUGAUGCAGCGCUGAAAGAUGAUUCGUAUCGAGGAAGUUUCCCGAUGGACUUCUUCCCAGUCCUGUUCGUUGUGCCCAGAGUCGUAGGCUGGGUUGCACAUUGGCGACAGAUGCUUUCUCCAUCGGGAGUCAAGAUUUGGCGCCCUCGGCAACUUUACCUUGGCCCGUCCGCACGUGACUAUGUGCCUCUAGAAGAGCGUAUGGGUGCUUUCCAAGUUGGUGUUGGCGUGGAGCCGAGCGUGAUAGAGCAUUCGGGGAUGACGAAGAGGCGGAAAUUGGCCGAGGCUGCUGGAAAGGUCAGGAGUAAACUCUGAGUAUGGGUGUAAGAUUUAUUGUCACUCAUACCGUUGAAUGUCAACGAUGUCGUGCGAA